ACAGAACUGUUGACAAGUGAGACCGAGGAGGAGAGAGAGGAAAGUUUCCAGCAACUCAAAUGCAAUUCAGGAACAAUGAAUUCAGAGAUGGAGAAUGGGACAGCGGCAACUCCGAGCGUUCUUGAGUUUCUGCUGACAACCACAGAGACAUUCCAGAGGACUGAUCUCUCGUUUGAAAACGCAGACCCUCUGCCAAUCAUCAUCGCCUUGAUAUGCAUCUUCCUUCUCUUGGCAACAUGUGUGAGUUUUGUCGCCUUGUGCAAUCCCGCGGGUCUGGAUGCUUCCCGCUACGGCCCCUACGAGUGCAUGCCGUAUCAUGUUGAAGACUCCAGUGAGCCCCGAUUAAAACUAUGGAAGCGCCUGGGUUCCCUGAGGUGCUCGAUAAACAGCCUCCGGCGGAAUCGAUCCUUCCCUCAGCCUCCACAAACUUUCGCAAGUCGUUGUCAGAUGGACCAAAACGAUGCGGACCUCACAGAGUCAACAAAAAUGUAAAGAUUCAGCAAAUGUCGAUUUUGCAAAUAGACACGCCGAGGCCAGAGAGUGGAAGUAAUGAAAGAUUAAUUACUGCUGCAAUCAAUGCUCCAGGACCAGCAAAGGCAAGAUCUCAGUUGUAAUGAGGAUUCAAGAAACGUCCUUCAUUAUACUGAAUGGAUUGUAAUUUAUACAGUGGCCAGCAUCCACGGAGAAAACACAUUGUGCUGCAAUGACUUUAGUCCAUGGUUAACCUUCAGACUAGAAGAUAACUAUGAGCUAAAGGACACAAUGACGCUGUUUGGAAGUUUUCAGCUCAAAAAAAGUUGUUCGCUGUUCUACUGUCACAUUUAGAUUAGAUUAGAUUAGAUUCCCUACAAUGUGAAAACAGGCCCUUUGGCCCAACAAGUCCACACCGUCCCUUGAAGCAUCCCACCCAGACCCAUUCUCCCCCCAUAACCCACACACCUCUGAACACUACAGCAAUUUAACAUGGCCAAUCCACCUAGCCUGCACAUCUUUGGACUGAGGGAGGAAACUAGAGCACCCGGAGGAAACCCACGCAGACACGGGGAGAAUGUGCAAACUCCACACAGACAGUCGCCCGAGGGUGGAAUCGAACCCGGGUCCCUGGUGCUGUGAGGCUGCAGUGCUAACCACUGAGCCACUGUCCCACCCUAAACUAUUGUACAUUAUACAACUGCAAACUCUUUACAGUUUUAUCAUCAGUCUGCAAGGCCCCCAUUCCCCAUCAGCUUUCAUCAGGCAUUCAAACUGACAGCAUUUCCUGUCAUCUUCAGCAUUAGGUUCAUAUUUAAUCCUGAGCAGUUAGAUUUGGGAUUGAACAAACGCAACUGCUUUCAGGGGCAAGUGGAUAGUACAACAGCGAUACAGGUUGCAAUGAUGCCCUGGUCGAUGCAAUCUGAAAUUCUGACUUAAAUUUAAAAACAUUUCCCAGAGGAAAAAUUAUAAAUUAUUUCAAAGGCUCAUUAGAAAUUUCAAAUUUCAUGCAUCCAACAGGAAGUACAGCAGGGCUCCUGAAAGUAUGAAGGCAAAAUACUGUGGAAGCUAGAAAUCUGAAAAAAAAACCCAGAGAAAAUGCUGGAGAAACUCAGCAGGCCUGGCAACACUGGUGGAGAAACAGUUAAUGUUUUGAGUUGACUAUAACUUGUCUUCAGAACUGAUCAAAUGGACCUAAAGUAAAUGACCUGCCACGUGACUAGUGCAAUUAAAUUCUGUUGAAAUUUAUAACAUAUGAAUGCUAGGUAUUUCUGGUAUAAUGCGUGUUUUGUUAACACGAAUUGGCUGUAACGCGACUGAUGAAUAGUGGAUGCUGUUUGGAUAACAUAAACUUUCUGCAGUACAGUGUAGCGAUAAUCUAUAGCAAUUUCCCUAUAACGUGAUUUUCUAUAGUGCAAGGUUGCACAAGAACGCAACUAUUGUGUUAGGUGAAAUGCCUGUACAUAAAUAGAGACAUUGAUGAUUGUCUCAUUUGCAAGGAUUGUCUGAGUGCUGGUAAAAAAAUAGAUUUGAUGGACUUUUGAAGGGACAUGUUAAUUACAGAAGGCAGUUCUUAUCAGUGAAUGCAUGGGAAAGGGUAUGGAAUGUGAUAAUGUCACAGGAUUAGAAAUCCAGAGACCCAGGUGAAUAUUAUAAUGGGAUAUACCUACCAAUUCCACCACAGCAGAUGGUGAAAACUCUGGAUUCAAUUAAUUAAAAACUAGAAAUAUAAAACUAGACUAAUGGUAACCAAUGAGUAUAAAAACCAAGCUGGUUUACUUAUGCCUUUUAGGGAAGGAAAUCUGUCAGCCUACUUGGUCUGCCCUACACUUGACUCCAGACCCACUGCAAAAUAAUUAAUUCUUUUUUUCUAGACAAUUUCUUUCAUCAAAAUGGAAACUGACUUUGCUACGAUAGAGUUAACACAUUAAAAGAAUAACAAAAGAAUCGCAGGGUUUAACGAUUCUGCGGAGUGGAUUAAGCAGCCAAGCUCAGUCUGAAACUGAUAGAAGAGAAUUAACCUCAUGUCCUGCUCUCCUUGGCCUCAACAGCAACAGAAGCGGCCUGAGAUAGCCACUUGGCUUAAUGAGUAUUAGGGAUGGUCAAUAAAUUCUCGCCCCGCCUAUCACGAGUGGAUUUUGUAAAAAAAUGUGUUAUGACCAUUAGAGAUAGUAGGAACUGCAGAUGCUGGAGAAUCUGAGAUAACAAGGUGUAGAGCUGGAUGAACACAGCAGGCCAAGCAGCAUCAGAGGAGCAGGAAGGCUGAUGUUCCAGGCCUUUCUCCUGUGCUGUAAUUUCCAAGUUUGUACGUUCCUGUAUCAUCAGUCUUGACUGGCUCUAGCUUCAUCAUGUUAUUGAGAUUGCUUGGUCUUUUCUCUCCCAGUUCAGAGAAGGUCUACGAGACAAACACCUGGAAUGAGUGGAUUACCUUCUGAUGAAAGGCUACAUAAGCUAGGCAUGUAUCCUCUGGAGUUUAGAAGAGUCAGAGUAAACUUAGCUGAAACACAUAAGAUCCUGAGUGGUCUUGACUGGGCAAAACUAGAACUAGGAGUCAAAUACAAUACAAUACAAAGGGCUGCCCAUUUAAAACAGAGAUGUUUUUUUUUCUCUCUCUCUUGGAGGGCUGCAAAUCACGGUGGGAAAGCGUAUAGAAAGUGCUGAUUUACUCUAUCCAAACCACUUAACCCUCUGAGCACAGAACAGAACAAAAUGAAAACUCAGAAGAUCAUUAAAUCAUCAAUCAUCUAUGGAAGGUAGUCAGAGAAAGUUCCUGGAUGUUAUUGCAUGGCUCACACUUCCACACACCACAAAUCACUCAAUUAUCAUCCCGAAGUAGAGAGAUCAAUGUGCCAAACAGAUCACCAAGUUAAGCCAUGGGAUGCCCAAACCUGGUUGGUCUAUCACUGAAACCAAACUGGGCUUUUCUCACAACGAAACUGAAUUCUUAGCGGUGAAAGAAGGGCAAACCAUCCAGUUCGUCCUUUGAGAUUCACAAGAUGGGGUACAGUCAUAUUAUAAUUGUAAAA